UACUAAGCUUCAAACAGUAGCUCCAAUACCUUCCUUUUCCUAUAUUGAGGAAAAUGGACGCCACGUUUCGCAAAUGUUACAAAGACAACUCAAACGCGAAACCUAUGACAAAGAUAUUAUGACGUACGUGUUGUUUUACACGGUAGCAAAACAAAUGUAGAGCGAAAAACGUGUUUUGGAUGGGAAAAAGAGUGUUGUGAGAUAUACGACGGCUUUUUUGUUACUAGAGCGUAAUCUACGACUUUUACAACCAACAAAAUGCUGACAUUACGAGAAAAACAGAUUGGUGCUUUAAAGCAGAUGCUAAACUUGAACCAGCCUCAUUCGAAAACCCAGUCUGCGGAACCGGUGUUUAAAAUCCUCAUCUAUGAUAGAUGCGGUCAGGACAUAAUUUCUCCGCUGGUGUCCAUAAAGGAGCUAAGAGAGCUGGGAGUAACUCUUCAUGUGCAGCUUCACUCGGACAGAGAUCCAAUACCAGAUGUUCCGGCAGUUUACUUCUGUCUUCCCACUGAAGAAAAUUUAGGCCGUAUCAGCCAAGAUUUUCAAAAUAAUUUGUAUGAUGCUUAUCACUUAAAUUUUAUAUCGCCAAUUUCAAGACAGAAACUUGAAGAUUUAGCAUCAGCUGCACUGCAAGCAAACUGUGUCUCUCAGAUACAAAAGGUGUAUGAUCAGUAUCUGAAUUUCAUUUCCUUGGAAGAUGAUAUGUUCAUUCUGAAGCACCAGAAUAGUGAUUCUGUAUCAUACUAUGCUAUAAAUAGGGGUGAGAUCAAGGACACCGAAAUGGAAAGUAUAAUGGAUAGUGUAGUUGACAGCUUGUUUUCAGUCUUUGCAACAUUGGGAGCUGUUCCAAUUAUUCGCAGUCCUCGUGGAAAUGCAGCAGAGAUGGUUGCUGAGAAGCUAGACAAGAAACUUAGAGAGAAUUUAAGAGACACUAGAAACAGUUUAUUCAUUAUGGAUGCUACGCAAACUGGUCAUUUCAGUUUUCAGAGACCACUCCUAAUAGUAUUAGAUAGAAAUGUGGAUAUGGCAACACCCUUACAUCACACUUGGACAUACCAGGCGUUGGCGCAUGAUGUUCUGGAUCUUGCACUCAAUCGAGUUGUAGUGGAGGAGAAUGUUGGUCGUUCACCUGCAGGAGGGGCAAAAGUAAAAACUCGGGCCUGCGAUUUGGACAACCGUGACAAGUUCUGGGCUACACACAAGGGCAGCCCAUUUCCAAUUGUGGCUGAGGCAAUUCAGGAAGAACUGGAACAAUAUAGAUCAUCAGAGGAUGAAGUUAAGAAAUUAAAGGAAUCAAUGGGAAUAGACAAUGAAAGCGAUGCUGCCUUUUCAAUGGUUUCGGAUAACACAGCGAAACUUACAUCUGCUGUGAACUCGUUGCCACAACUGAUGGAGAAAAAACGCCUGAUUGACAUGCACACCACCAUUGCAACUGCAAUUCUCAACUGUAUCAAGUCACGUCGUUUGGACACGUUCUUUGAAUUUGAAGAAAAAAUUAUGAGCAAAACAACCCUGGAUCGGGGCAUUAUGGAAUUGCUUGCUGAUGGAGAAGCUGGUACACCUGAAGACAAACUCCGUCUCUUUCUUAUUUAUUACAUAUGCUCACAUUCAAUGUCAGAGGCUGAGUAUGAUCGUUUCGCUGUAGCACUGCAGAAUGCUGGUUGUGAUCUUCAGCCUUUGUCAUACAUUAAGAGGUGGAAAGCAUAUACAAAAAUGGCAGCUACCCAUAACCAGUAUGUAGGUGGUGGUACCAAAACUGUCAGCAUGUUCUCAAAACUAGUUAGUCAAGGAUCAUCAUUUGUGAUGGAAGGAGUGAAAAACCUUGUCGUGAAAAGGCAUAAUUUACCAGUCACUAGGUUAGUUGAUGAACUCAUGGAGAUGAAGACAUCACAAGAAACAGAAGAUUUCAGGUACUUUGAUCCUAAACAGUUGAGACCAUUAGACAGUUCACAGAUACCGAGAAACAGGAUGCCAUUCCAAGAGGCAAUUGUGUUUGUUGUUGGUGGCGGAAACUACAUUGAAUACCAAAAUCUAGUGGAUUAUACAAAGGGCAAAGCAGGAGGACCAACAAGUAAACGAGUUACAUAUGGAUCAACAACUCUCAGUAAUGCCAAGCAGUUCCUAAAACAACUUUCUUUGUUGGGGCAAGAGAUUCAUUGAUUGCAGUUCAUGCAGUUCUUCGGUGGAAAGUCAACCUGCAACUGGAAGUGCUAGUAUUAGCAUUAAAAAACCUUUGCGCAACAGAAAUUUUUAAUAUGAAGAAGUGACUUUUGCAUAGUGUCUUGUGAAUUUCUGAUGCAUGGUUGAAGUUUUUCUUAUUUUUAUCAUGGAGUUAAACAUCAUCAGUUUUGGAGGAACAAAUGAAAUAUUUCAUUUCUGUACAGGUGCAACACACUCCUCAGAAGAAAAAUCUGCAGACAAUUUUUCAUGCAAUGUGUACAAAGAAAUUUGAUUGUAAUA